GCUACUGCUGCCAUUUCAUCAGCAGCGAAAACCUACAAACACACACCAAACACACAAAUGAUACGGCGGGAUUCCCCUCUGACAGCGAGCAUCCUGCCCUCUUAAACAGCGACGGUUCUCGGUGUCGAAACUGAGAAAAGCGGCUCGUUCGUGGUUUAUUCGUGGCUUCGGGGUGAAAGCGCAAGAUCCGUUUUUUCUCUCUUCUUUUUGCACCUGCUCUGUUUUUCUAUAUCUGCUCUCGGGCCUGACAUUAACAAGGAAAUCAGCCCUGACUCCAGGGCCUACACCAGCCUCUGUCACCGGGGCUGUGAGAGAAGCAUCGACCCCCGGAGGUUUUGCCACUGCUUCGGUUAUUUUGCUGCGUCCUGCGGAUCCAUCCAGACACACUCGUCGGUGCCAUGGAGCCCACAUCAGCCUGGUCCUGAACGGCGCAAACAAACAACUAUUCUGACUGAUAUCAGGCUACACUUCACUCCUGCUCCAAACACACACACACACACACACACACACACACAUACACACACACACACACACACAUCCUACACACAAGGACCGACAGACCGCUACAGAGCGACACAGGCAGGCAAAGCCAAGUCAUGGAGGCGAUAUGGCUCUAUCAGUUCCGGCUGAUCGUCAUCGGGGACUCCACGGUGGGCAAGUCGUGUCUGAUCCGGCGGUUCACCGAGGGUCGCUUUGCCCAGGUGUCGGACCCCACCGUCGGCGUGGACUUCUUCUCCCGGCUGGUGGAGAUCGAGCCGGGAAAGCGGAUCAAGCUGCAGAUCUGGGACACCGCGGGUCAGGAGCGCUUCAGGUCCAUCACCAGGGCUUACUACCGUAACUCGGUGGGCGGUCUCCUCCUGUUCGACAUCACCAAUCGCCGCUCUUUCCAGAACGUUCACGAUUGGCUGGAGGAGGCUCGCAGUCACGUCCAGCCCCACAGCAUCGUCUUCCUAUUGGUGGGCCACAAGUGUGACCUUGAGGCACAGCGCCAGGUGACCCGCCAGGAGGCAGAGAAGCUGGCAGGGGCGUACGGGAUGCGCUACGUCGAGACGUCGGCCCGUGACGCCAUCAACGUUGAGCAUGCCUUCACCGAGCUGACCAGGGACAUCUUCGCCUUGGUGCGGUCUGGUGACAUCACAAUCCAGGAGGGCUGGGAGGGUGUGAAGAGUGGGUUCGUCCCCAACGUGGUUCACUCCUCGGAGGAAGUGACCAAGAGUGACCGCCGCUGUCUCUGUUGAUCUGGGAAGAGCUGGAACGAUGGGACUGGUGGAGACAAGGGGAGGGAACCAGGGAGGAUUCAGAGGGGAGUGGCUGACGGACUGAGGUGUCAGCCCUCUGACUGAAACUGUUGGUAACCCUCAAUUGUUCUUUCUUCAGACUGGAUACGGAGGAGGAUAUUUGAGGAAUUUCAGUGAAUAGGCUGGCUGAAGGCGAUGAAGAACACCUUAAACGUGGGUGGACAGCUGGAGGCUUGUGCCCAUUUCUGUUCAUAUACGUUAAAUUUCCUGGAGAGGAAGGAUCACAAAUGCUCAAUUACUUGCGAGGGUUCCCAUAAUUCAGUUCCUUUAGUUUUGUUUUGGGCUUCUUGCCUGAAAAUCCCUCCUUGAAAGUCUUAGAAAGGCCGUAGAAAGAGGAUCAACUUAGGUUCUUCACAAAAUACGCUCUUGACUUGUUUAACCUUUCUUUCUGCACUCAUCUCUUCCUUCACCUCUCCUUCCGCUACUUCUUAAUCUUAUCCUCUAAGUUGGUGUCCAACAUUCUCUCAGCACAUAUCAUUCAAAACAUUUUAGUCAGCACCCUUAGAUUCAACUUCCCUCAUCGACAAGAGUUGCGUUUCUCUUGUGCUGGCAUUUUGCUCCACAUUCCACUAUCAGAGCUCAAUGGAGGAGUCCUGGAGGUCCCAAAUUUAAUAAGGGAAGACAGAUUUCAUUCCUGGAGCUAUGAUUUUGUUGGGAACUGUCUCUUUGGAACAAUUUGGGCCUCCAGUGAGCUUAAUGACAUUGACUACAUGGUUGUAUCCACCAUCAUUCUGCUAAAUAACGCACUAUAACGAAACACCAUCACCCAUCCAGUUCCCAAUGGACUCCUUAAGCAGGAAGAGACAACUUGUACAGCUUAACUGACCAAGGUGGACGAGCUUAACAACUCUUACCUGCCUUAAACUGGGAACUUUUUUUGGUGGACUAAUAGGAAUGUUGGAGCCAGAAAGCACCUUAAUAGCCAAUGUCCACCAUAACAUAACAGGAGCCUCAUUUGGGACAUUUGAAAGGUGAUAAUCAGCAAACUGGAGAUAAUUUAUUUCUUGAAGGCAAAGCAAAGCAAACAGGGGAGGACCAAACCACGCAGAGGGAAUCUGAAGGAACGGACUCCACAAAAGAAGCAGACACAUUACCUACAAUGCACGCAUACGGACUGAAGUGUACCAUGAUUUAAUCAAGUAAAGAAGGUCCAAUUGGCAGAUAUUAAAUUAAUCCAACAAAGAUACAGGCACAGAGGUUUACAUGUCAUUUUUUAAUGUGUGAGUGCACGCAUGUUUAAUAUCCCAUCAAACGUUUGUUUUCAGUUUAUUAUGCUCCAAGGCAACAGGUUGAUGCAAGUGCCAGAGUUACUUGGGGAAGUUACUUCAUGUGUCUUGGGUAAAUCGGAUAGCUACGCCUCAAAAAAACUCAACUGUAACUGCAAACAAGAUGCAUUAGAGACAGAUUGAAAUUCAAAAGGCCUGUUUGACCAUAGACAUUUUGACUUACCAUAUCAUGUAGUAGGAAAAACACAGUACAAAUGCAUUUAUUUAAUUAUUUACACCUGUGCUUUUCCUGCUGUAAGAUGUCAAAAUAUCUUCUGUGGAAAAAAAGGCCUAUUGCUCAAAUAACUUGAUGGUUUUAGACACAGUCUAGCCAGAUAUUGAAAAGAUCCUCCCACGUGUAACACUGUCAAAUAAGCUCUGAAGCUCUGUGGCUCUGGUGUGUGGUGAUUUCACCAUCACCAGUGAAAGUCAAAACACCUGAUAUGACAUCACCGUUUGGAUUGUGGCCAUAAGAGGAACAUGCUCAAAGGUUUAAACCACAAUUUUCUGCCCUAUGUGGUUCAGUGUGAAUUUACCUUUUAAACUUUUACCGCUACCGGUUACUGACGUUCCUGUAAAUGCCAGGUUAAGAUCAGAGUGUAACUCAUGCACAGUCUACAUUGGCAUUAUAGGCUAUGCACACAUGCAGCAGGACAGGGCAAAACAUUAAACAUGUCAUAUGAAGGUGAUCAAGAAAAGUAGAAUCCCAUCCAAACCUUUGAAAUAAACUGCUGGACCAAAUAUAUGAAUGUUUGUUUUUGGCUGUCUUUGCCAAAAUUAAAUAAAUUAUUGUCAUUUAAACACUGACAAGGGACAGACAGAGACUUUUAGCAUUGUUACUUAAUGACACUCACACUGUAAAUCUAGAAAUCUUUUUGCAGGAUCUUCAUAUUUAAGCUUCUUUUAUCAUAAUCCCAAGUAACUUACUUUAUCCAAUACUUUCCCUUCUGCGGUUAAUCAUUAAACUCCUCUGUAGGUCAGUGUGGAUACUGUAAGUGCAUCAUUUUCUCACACUGUUUGCCUUCUUUCAUAUGUUUCCAAAGAGUUCUGCUUGUGUCAUUUUAUUUUAACAUGAAUGUAUAAGCAAGGAGGAAAAUAAGGUGAUUUUACACUGAGUUGUCAAAUAAGAAACGUGUGAAUGAGAAACAUUUCCAGUAGAUGUAACACUACCUUAUGAAUGCUUUAAAAAAAAUGUUGUGAGACUUGGGUGGAGAUUAUUCAAAUGAUAGUCCAUCAUUCCCUCGGCUGUACAGGUCACAUUAUUCCUUACUGAAGUGAGUGAAAUGCUGAUGCCAGACAAAAGGUCGACCUUCAAAAAAAACCCUCCCUGGAAUAAAAAAAGAAGCUGACGUUCUCCCGGAUGCUCUUGUGUUUUUGAAAUUUGACAAGGAGGUUUUGCAAGGGCAUGAUCAGGGUAUGUUAAAUUCCACAACAGCUUUAAAAAAAAAAACAGUCUGUUUACCUCUCUCUGCCUCUGCUGUAUCAUCACCAGUGCUUUCUACUCCAACACUUUUAAACGUUCCCAAGUGGACAUCACGGAGGAGACAGUUCAGAAGUGUUAAAGUCUGCGUGGGUGGGUGUGGAUGUAGUCUCCAGUGUGUGUAUGGCUCCUCCUUAUGGGCUGGCAAGAUUUUCUCACCAGAUGUCAGCCAGCUGGUAGAUCGUCUCUGCUGUACCGGACUCAGUUGGAUAUCUCAAAGAUCUGUAUUAGCUCACUUUCAGUCUGAAAUAUUGUCGCCAGUCUCUCAAAGGUAAUGUUUGGAAUUUACUUUUUGCAUCAUGUGCUCCAUUAACUUUCUGUUCCUUCUGAAUAAUUUCUUUGCAUACUUUUGGUUUGAUAUUUGUGUCUCCAUACUUUUGCAUCCCUUUGACUCAUGUUUCUUUCGCACAACCCAGUGCUACUUAAUUUAAUUUGGUGUAAAGUAUCAUGUCAUAAUGCAAUAAGUGAUGCAAAGGAACAAAAAAUAUUGCAAGAGAAUGAAAAAGCAUUGAGGGAACACCAAAAAAAGUGUUUUGAAUGAAUGCUAAAGUGUUUCAGAAAAACAAAAUCUCAUCUAGUGGUUCUCUACGGGGAAAAGAAGCUUAAUUGAGACAUGUUUCUACAUCUGCAGUUUUCGUCCAUCAGCGCUUGGUUAUUUGAUUUCUGGACCAAAUCUGGGCCAAGAAAGCAGAAAGCUUGAUUUGUUUUGCAAGUAAUAUUUCCCACUUUCAACACUGUUUGAGCAGGGAGAUUAAACCAUCAUGAAGCCUGUCACAUCUCGAAGGUUUUUAAACGGUCGCCAAAGUUGGGAUGAGCUUCAAAAUGUUGACGGUUUAUUGUUGGUUCAGUGUUAAAAAGAGGGUGUCUUCUAAUCAGAUUUAUAUAUUGAUUCCCAGCAGAUCAACACAUCUUAUUGCUGUAAUAUUGACUGAAUACACAUCCUUUUUAAGAGUAAAAGAGUCUAAUCCUGAUGUGACCACGACUGGCUCACUAUGUCAGCUGAUUCCAGUAAAACACAAUUCAAUCAGUGUGUGAAAUAAGCAGCCAGCAAUUAAACACUAAAGACAUCUUACAUCUGAGAAGCCUCUUCUUUCCUAGAAGCCCAAUCAGCUUGUAACGUGCUGGAAGUGGCUGUUAAUGUUUUAGCCUCCACUUGACACUGCAGUCUGUGAGUAAAGCUACUUCCCCUCCAGAGCAGAAUCUUUAGUAAGUCACAUGACAUUGCUGAACUUGAAAGAGGCAUUUUUUGGCUGAGCCCUGCAGUCCACUCUGUAAAGGUUCUCCCUUUGUUUCAGUUUCAGUCUGAAGCUUGGCUUGAUGAAAACAACGAUAUGAAAAUUCAGAGAUGCCGACAAAGUCACCUCAAGACUCGAGGGGGGAUUAAGGAAGGGCACUUCGAAGGCAGCCACUCGUAUGAUGGAAAGCAUUUUCAUGUUUGACAACAAAGCAAUCUGCUUUUUGGCUCGUUACCAGAGAAACGUACAGGGCGAUUUACGGGCUCUUGGCGGCGGUCUCUGCCAGUAUCCUUGGCAGCAUUUGGUUUCACUAAGGCUGCUUUCGCACACAGAAUACAUAACACUGCUGGACCCACUUCAACUCUCAGUAAAGAGGUAGCUAAAAUGCAACUAAACCCUCAGAGGAACUAAAAUUUAUGUUCUGAUGUCACUUUUUUUUUACACCUUUGUGAAAAGGAAAUGUUGGACAUCACUUUCUUGCCAAGAAUUAGAUGAAAUGAUCAACACCAGUCUCAUUUCUGUACAGUAAAUAUGAGAAAGCAGCUGAUUAGCUUAGCUUAGCAUAAAGACAGGAGGAAAUAACUAGCCUGCUAUUAUCAUAACUUAUAGUUUUUACACUUUGUUUUUGUACAAAUUAAACAAACAAGAUAUAAUGUUUUAAUAUAUGAGCUGUAGAGAUUCUGGCGGGCGGUUUUUGUUACCUUUGGACAGAGCCAAGCUAGAAGUUCGCCAAUGUUUCCAGUCUUUAUGCUAAGCUAAGUUAACCAGCUAAUGGCUAAGCUAACUGUAUACAUACGAGUCUGGUAUCAAUCUUCUCUCAGCAAGACAGCAAAUAAACACAAAAUGUCAAACUAUUCCCUUAAGCUUUAUCAUCCCUUUGCGACUUUUGCCAAUAAUGUCCCUGUUUUUUAAGAAAAUAUGUCCUCAGUGGAGCCUCAUUAGUCUGAAUAUUUCAAACUGCACAGGAGACUUUCCAAACUAUCCUUUUCUUUGACUUUGCACAUUAUUUAUAUGGGUCUGACAAAACUGCAGUGGGAGAUAAACACCAUCUACCAGUGGACUGUUGCUACCAGUAGAUGUUUUUUUUUUCUACUCUGCCAGUCUGACAAGUAACAUGUCUAGAGCUGCAACUAAUGUCAUUGAUUAAUCAGUUGGUCCAAAAAAAUCAUCAGAA